CCACCCGCUACCCGCUACCCGCAACAGAGCACACAGCACAACCACUCCGCAUCCAGAGAUGUACCUAGCCCCCUCAGACAAACAAAAAUGCCACUAGAAAACAGCAAGCAAGCACUACACGCAGCCCCAUUCUCGUCGCAUACACACGAUAUGCACGCCCACACAUCCCCAGCCACCCAACCACCACCCAACCACCAAGCAAGCAUACCCUACAACAAGACCAACAAACAACAAACAAGCACGCAGCAUGCCUACCCCGCGCGCCAUGUAGGCGGUACUGCGGCGACGGCCCGGCAGGCUACCGUUUACAUGCAUGCAUACUCCGUACAGCACGAACAAGCAACGCCCCAGCCCCUGCACCCACCCCCGCGCGCGGGGGGCCGCAUUUCAUGCAUCAGCGGGCUCACUUACUUGGAAGCGUACUACGUGCGUCAGCAUUCUAGUUGCUCGACGUGA